AUGGAUCGGAGGUUCGCAGCGAAGCAUCUGAAAUACAUCCUCAAGUCGCAUUCCACCACUUGCUUCGAUCUCUCAGAAGAAAUUUGGGAUCUCGUCACGGGCCAAAGGUGGGGCUUGGAAUCGAUGCGAGAGCUCGAGGGGGAGGGACAUUCUGCCACAUGGGGGAAAGGGCCGGAAGGAGAGGGACGGGGGACCCUGCCACCUGGGGGAAGAGGCUGGAAGGAGGAGGAUGGGGAAUUCUUCCGUAGAGGGACAUCCACGGAAAUAGAAGGGAAAGUUUUCUUCCUUCUGCGACGCCUUCGUGCCUUUUGUGUCCUCGACUGCAUUGCUUCUAAAUCCCUUUUCGACACUCGGCUUAAAGCCACCCAUAACAUAAUCGAAUGGUCCUUCGUGUCUUUAUCUUUCGAUGAAGAUGAACUCGGUGCCCUCCCACUCGUUAUCACGGCGGAGCUGGAGGGCGGGAAGAUGCGGAGCUGCCCUCCACCACCGGAUCUCCUCAUUACGACCUUGGACGAACCCGAGCCCGCGGACUCGGACAGGGAGACGCAGUGCAACUCGUGUCACCUUCUGGAACCCCCUUGUCACCUGUGCAAUCCCGGUGAUAAGGCGCACGAUGGCAGGCGACUUACCAUCUACAGUGGAGGUCUGGUGAGGAGUCGUGAUGUUGGACGAGGCCCGGACGUACCAUAUAUCAACCUCCCAUCACCGAGUGUUCCCAGCGAUGGAGCGGAGGGCGAAGAAGGAUUCCGUCGACGCGUGGAGGAGGAAGGGGGAGGAGGUGGAGGUGGAGGGGGAAAAGGAGGGGAAGGAUGCAUAGGGGAAAGGGACGAGGAAGGGGACGAAACGAUCGAGGAGAUGCCAUCCCCUUCCGCCUUGACCUCGAGGAGACGAGCCCUUCUCCCUCCUAAGUUUCCACCCGAUGGAGAAGGGGACGAGGAGUCCGGGGAUAAAGAGCGCUCUUCCAGAGGUGAGUCUGUCGAUCCCAGGGAUUCUGCUUCUGUCACGCCAAAGGGAAUAGGGAGGACAGAGGUGCAGGUGGAGAAUGGGAUCCCCAUAGGAUGGAGGAAUUCAUCCCCUGCAUUCCAAUCCCCCAGCCUCUUUAUACGAUGCAUACAUAGUCGCCACGACGCGUCCUUUGAAUAUCAACGACCAGUCGUUCCCGCGGCGGCGGGGAUCAUUCCCAACACACUCCUAUCGAGUGGAAGCGGCGACAGUCUGACGACGUCUCGUCAUCGAAGCAAUUCCAUCGUGGUGAUUCCCCCAAUGCAGAUCUGCCCUGGGGAUCUUCUCGUCUAUUCCAAACUUCUGACACAAAAGAAGUCUCUGCUCGCAUCCGCCGUGCGCGAUCUCGAGGGUUCAACGACCAGCCUGAACAUGGCGGAUCCUGAUGGAGUUGGGAAGGGAAAACAGAAGAACACGUGGUCCCUCCUGAAAUUGUUUGAGCGCCACCACCGGGCGAAGGCGACAAGCUUCGGCGGUCUGGAAGAAUUCCUAGCAUUGCUGAAGCCGACAGAGUUUGCAGAUGCCAAUCUAUCUAAAUACCGAGGACUGACGUGGCACGAUUUUGUCCACUCGAUCCAUGGAUCUUCCUGUCUACUUCCUCCUCCUCCCCCGGUCCAACCUCAACUCCAACCGCCAUCACAAGUGGAACUCCCAGAAUCUUCCAAACAGAUAGCGUCGGUGCCGGAGGAGAAAGAGCGAAGUCCGUCGCCGCGGAAAUCAUACCCGCGUCACGAGCAACCGCGAAAGACGCUGCUGCGACAGCGAUCGUUCGGCUCCCUUCGUCUGAAACGACACGAGAAGAUGCUGGAACGGAAGGAAAGCGUCCAGAACCUAUUCCUCAACAUUCCCGAGAGGCCCGGGGGACGGACGGAGCCGACGAUCGCAGAGCAGCCCUCCACCAAUGGGACGGAAACCACCACUGUGACGGGGGAUUCGACCGGUGCCGAGUCCUCGACCGCACCAGAACCUACGGCAUCUCCCGAGGACCCGGCGCUGAAGAAUGAACAAAAACGGCGGGACGCAAUGUGGGAUCUUUUUCAGAGCGAACUCGCCUUCCUCUACGAUCAUCUCCUCGUCAUGAAAAACGUAUUCAUGGAACCCUUGAAGAAGAUCCAGGUGGAAGGCUUUGCCAUGUUCGCAGAACCCGAACUUCUCUUCGGAAACCUGGACGAACUCUGUUGUGUGACGUAUGGAUUCUGCAAGGAGUUCCUGGCCGCCCUGAAGGAGAACAUAUCUCGGAGCGGAGACGUUCGUGUCGGCGAUGUCCUCGGAUCCCUCUUCAUUAAGGGCGGGAAGGCGUUGUUGGUCUCUGGGGCCUACCAUCGCUACACUCUCAAUUACAUCAAUGCCCUCAAUUACCUAGAGACGCUGAGGAAGCAGAACGAGUUCAACGAGUUCGAAAAGUGGUGCAACAAAGACCGCCGGUGCAAGAAGCUGCAGCUGACGGACCUACUGGUGGCACCGGUGCAACACAUCACGAAACUCCCGCUGAUCUUGAAGGAGCUGGAAUCCUGCACUGAGAACGCGAGCGAGAAGGCCAUCGUCCUCGAGAUCCUCGAAAAGCAAGAGGCUUCUCUGAGGGAACUGGAUGACAAGAUGAACUGGCUCAAGAAUUUCGAGAGGCUUUUGGAGAUCCAAAGGAACAUCGUAUGGCCCACCGUCAUGGAUCUCGACCCCAAGGCCUUCAUCCCCGACUUCCUCAAGUCGACACUGAACAAGCAGCCGUGCGAACGCCUGAUCGUCAGCCCCCGUCGGCAGAUCCUCCUGGAAGGGCCGCUCAUGCUCCUGGACUUCGGGAAACCUCAGGAGAUGUAUGUCCUCCUCUUCGAUGACAUGCUCAUCAUCACUCGGCGCAAGAAGGGACUUCACAAAAAGAAAUCCAGCAUAACAGAGAACUGGGCGUCCUCGUGUCGAACGAUCCCGACCUCGGGGGACACGAUGCGUUACGUCGUCCAUCGACAGCCGUUGUCAUUGGAUCGAUUCGUCGUCCACGACGUCCCCAGCUUAGAAUUACCCAAUUCCUUCGCCGUCGUCGCCCUAAAUCGAUUCCAGCAGAUCAUCGCCGUACACACCCUCCAGGCCUCCACCGAACAACUCAAGAGCCAAUGGCUGGGAAAACUGGGGGAGGCGCAGACGAGGUGGAAGAGGACCUUACAAACCACGGUGUUCCGGAAUCACAGGAUCAGCAAUGCAGGCGAGGAGAUACGGGACGUGAAAUGAAAAGGGAAACACCUGCGUUGCGACCUGAGAAAUCCAAAAAAAAUCAAUCUCCCUUACUGUGAUAGAGCCCUUCCCUUUGAUUCCAUGUUGGCUUUCGCUGUGGA